CAUAUUUUAACAUUAAUAAUAGGGUCAAAGGACUGAUCAAAUAUUCAACCAUUUCUGACAUUGUGAAAUGUGGUGACAUUUCUGUGCAAUUGAUCCUAAUGGUUUAAUGUUUUCUAAGGUGGAUGAAAAUGUUGAAAAGGCAAAGACCAGACAAAGGGAAAUGUACGCUAAAAGAAAAGCUAAGGUAGUAAAAACAUUUCAAUUGAAGGUUGGUGAUGCCGUUUUGAAGAGGCAAAUGAAAAACGUCGGGAGAAAGGGAGGCAAACUAGAGAGUUUCUGGAUAGGACCUUACAAGAUCAUAGACAUUGACCAAAAUAACACUGUUCAGCUUCAAAGUGAAAAGACUGGUGAAGUUCUGGAGAAGAGAGUGGCAUAUGACCAGAUGAAGCCUCAUUUGGAGUCACAUCUCCACAAGAAACAGAAACUUGAUGCUGCAGAUGACAUUGUGACACCUAGUCCUGCACUGAACGUGUUGAACUACCCCCUCUGCUUCUUGGAGACCAACCACUCCACCAACAUUUCGAAGAUGGACCAGAAUUAGAAAUACAUUCCAUACCAAAACCAGACACAAAGUUAGUCAUAGGAGACAACACUUAAAUUUGGAGAUGGGUGACUUAAGAACAUUGGAUGGGAAAGAAUGGUUAAAUGACAACGUAAGUUAUUUCAUAUUCAGCAAAAUGGGUGCAAUCAUAUGGUUAAUAUUUGUCAGAAAUGCCUUAGAAUCAGUCAUCACAUUUUUUGCACUUUUAUUAUGGUUUAUGAUUUUUAACCCCCAA